AACUUCGAGACCCGUGUCACGUGACCCGUACAUCCCAUCACCGCCAUCUUGAAUCCUGGCAACCAAAACGCCACCGCCGCGAGUCUUGCGCGUGCGCACGAUUUAGACGCAUGCGCACUACAAAAAGUACAGUGAGUAACAGCUGUGUUCUGAGAGGACGAAUAAAAACAAGGUUUUUUUGGGGGGGAGAGAUAAAAAAAAAAAACGACUGAAGACAAGUCGUUGACAGGGCCGAUACGAGGAUGGUGCAGUCGUGCUCGGCGUACGGGUGUAAAAACAGAUACCAUAAAGAUAAGGACAUUUCGUUUCACAAAUUCCCUCUGGCGAGACCCGACCUGUGCGGGAAAUGGGUGGCGGCGAUGAAAAGGUGUAAUUUCAAACCGACGAAAUACAGCAACAUCUGCUCCCAGCACUUCACCAAAGACUGCUUCAAACGAGAAUGCAACAACCGGGUGCUGAAGGAAAACGCAGUGCCUUCCCUGUUUCAUUUAAAUAAGAUACAAACGGAGGCUGAAUCGCCAGACGGAGCCAUGUCUCCUGAGCUGAGCUUCUCCCUGCCCUCACCCAGUUCCCACACCCCAGAACCUGACAUGGUGCAAACCCCAGAACCCCGACCCUCCUCUCCAACCCCUAUGUCCGUCCCGGGUCCGUCUCCGUCCGCCCCCGUGAAAGAGGAGGACCCUCUGCGGGCGAGUGCCUUCGUCUCGUGCGACCACAACUACACGGUGGAGGACAUCGUGCAGCAGAAGAAGCGAGUGGAGCAGCUGGUGGAGCAGCUGAACAAACUGCGCAGGAAGCUGAAGACGCUGCGGCAGAAGUGCAGGAGGCAGGAGAGGCAGCUGGAGCGUUUCCGAGCCAUGGAGGAAAUCCCGAAAACUAAGAGCGAGCUGGAGCUCGGACAGAGCUACGUCAUCUUGCCGAGAGAACUCUUCACUACGCUUAAGGGCAUUCACACCGUCGAAGGGUUGUGAGGCUCAAAUCGUAUCAAUUAGUCUAGUACGCGUACGCAGACGAGAUUUUAUUUUACCAUAACAGGACAGUUUUUUUUAUGGUUUAUGGUACUAACCAUGAAUCUGGUUUGUUUUUGCCUUUUUUAUUAUUAUUAUUUUUGAGAUCAAGCAACGUUACAUACUGUAGCUAAAGACUAAAGAAAACAGCUACUCAAAUCUGUUAGAAGCUUUACAUUUUAAUAUUAGUAUAAUAUUAUAUAAUACCAGUCAUCUCUUUCAAAACUACAUUAACAGAACAAUUUCAUUUUAUUUCAUGAGGUCUAAUGAACAUCAUCAGAUUAUAUAUUACCUGACAUCCUGGAAGCUCCGCCCACUUCCUCUUACCCUUACAGUAGUUUCUUUUCUGAUAUUCUUGCUAUUAGUUUUGUGUGAAUGUGAACAGACAGGGUUAUUAAGGUGAAAUAAGUUUAGAAGUUUAUCAAAAUGUGUUCGAUUCGUACAAUCAUAUAGCAGCGAUCAAACAAACAUGCAGUACUGUGCAAAAGUCUUAGGCAUUGUUUUGUUUUUGAACAAACUUUGUUACAUGUGAUUAUUUCAUGACUUUGUUAUUAAGUCAUGACAUUUAAAAAAAUGUCUUAAAGGAAAAAUAUCUUUAGGCCAAAAAAAGAAAGCAGCAUAUUAUGUAAAAGUCCAAAAAAAGAGGCUUUUUCUGCAUAAAAAAGAAGCAGGUUAGACAAAGUCCUCACAGUGUUCAGUAAAGAAAGUAAAACUAAGCAGAUAAUUUCCUUAAAAAAUUUAACUAUCUAAGACUAUAUUUUAAGCAAAGACUCGUCACAUAAAGUAGUAUUUUUAAUGUUGUUGUUUUUUAAGACACCCUUUUCUAGAGCAAGUUAUUUGCAUGUGCCUAAGACUUUUGCUCAGUACCUUGUAUAAUUUAAUGUCACCAAAUAUAUUUGGCAGCAAAAGCAGCACUUUUGCAAAGAAGAAAGAAAAGCUAAACGAUUACUCGGCAAGUUAUCCAAAACGCUGCCUUCUCUCAUUUCAAUCGUCUCAAACUGUUUUACAGUUUCUAAGCAAUUUGUAAAAGUUGUGUGUGCAAUCCUUUAUUAGUCUUUAAUCAGCAUGAGGAAUGUAAAUGGUCAAAUAGUCAAUGUGAGGAUAUUAAUAGUAAAAAGGUUUAGCUAGAGGGGAUAUACUGUUGCACUUUAUGAGAGAGAGAGAGGGAUUGUUUAAAUGACACAUCAUUAUUCCUUGGUUUGGCAAAUAAUGGAUCACUCAUUGAAUCCUCCCCCCACGCCCCCCCCUUUUU